GCAGAGAGCUGUACGCUGCAAACAUCAUUAGCAGGGGAGACGCUUUCCACCGUCAGCGCCGGAGCAGAGCAGGGGAGCCCUGGCAACAAGGAGCGACACAAACUCAGCAGCCCGUUACACCCUACAGUAAUGGUGACAUCACAUGCAGACAGACAGACGUUGACGGGCAGCACAGGCAUCCAAUACGUUUCCCUCGCAUUGGCGGAGAGAUCCAGACUUUACACCAGGAAGUUGUCAGCUCUCUACUGAGCACCACGCUCCACCUAGUCCGCCCCAGUAGCUCUGCCUCCUCUGCUCAGGGAGUGCUGAGUCCCUGAGUCAACACUCUGCAUUCUGGGAUAAUCUGGAACCCUCUCCAUGGGCUGUACCACCUGGUGAAGAACCAAGGGGGUCUGGAGGAGUUGUGUUGAAUGAGGAUUGUGCGGGCUUGCUUUUGCAAGGAAAUGAUUCCACAUGAAGUGCGACGCACUCGGCCCCCCGUCGUCCUCGGCGGCAGCAGCAGGUGUGACGUCGUGACUCUCUCUCCUGCCACACUGAGCUCACCUUUCAGUCGCUAAAGACCUCUGGACCAAACGGACCGCCCUACCCCUCUCCUCUAAUCUCCCCUCUAUAUCUUUUUUUCGAUUUCCGUUGUCACCGAGGAAAAAACCUGGUAAUCAACCGCCUUGGUUGAACUGGAUGAAGAGGAAAAGAGAGAAAAGUUUGGGAACGUAAUUAAUAGCUAAUUAAAGCAAGACGAGUGACACAUCAUCAAAAGGGAGACAGGAAAGUGAAAUAAAAAGCCAGAGAUAUAAAAAGGAAACUAAAAAAGGAAAGAAAAAUCUAUAGAAGGCCACAAAUUACGGAACGGUAACACAAGUACAGUUGAGGGACGUGACGCGGAGUCAGCAUGAAGUCCAACCAGGAACGCAGCAAUGAAUGUCUGCCCCCAAAGAAGAGGGAGAUCCCCUCCAGCACAUUACCAUCUGACAUUCGCUCACCCAUCAUCCCACCUUCCAGUGACAGCCAGCGCACAGAGAACAUGGCCUGGCUUGCCAGUGUGGCUGGUGGAAAUGAGAGUGACUUGGGUGGACGCCGGAGCUCCAGUCAGUCUGACAGCCUCCAGUAUAAAUCGCUCUUUUCCACAUCAGACUCUUCAUCCUCCUCUUCCUCAUUGAGGCUAGUCUCAUCUCUUCCUACCGUGUAUACGUCCCCCCUGUCACAGUCCACAGUUGGAGGAACUGUCCAUUAUGCCCAACUGCCUCCCAACCUGCAGUUCAUAGCCCCAUACGCAGGCUACAUCUCCCCUCAACUGCUUCCACCUCCUCCUCCACCUCCCCCCUUCUCCUCCUCGUCCUCCUCUUUGGCCGCACAGCGACAGUCGCACACAGAGACAGUCUCUGCUCCGUCACACGCCUCCAAAAACGACCAGCAGAGAGCAUCCACUGGGCGUACCUCCAUGCCUCCGCCUUCUACAGACCCCGCCCCUCACCACGUUCAAAUGUCAACCUCAACACGGACUGUGCCGUCGCUUCAUUACCAAGGAGGCAUUCACCUUCCUCCCCAGUCUCUACACCCCCACCAUACUUUGGGACAUGGGAUGUCCCAGCUUGUUGUUCAGUAUACGGACGCACCCACUAGGAAAGAGGAAGUUGGCUCCAGACCCAGAGAGCUCCACAAUGGAGAGCUGGAAAGGGAUCGGCGGUUUGGAGCAUCCCCUGAGUCUAACCUCUCUAAGCCAGGGAGCAAAUCACGUGAUGCCACUUCGUCUUUGUCCUCCUACGAGGGCCGCCAGCUGGUUCUGCACUCAGACUUCUCUACUCACGAUCCCUCAGGGCUGAGAACCUCUUUCAUGCUAAUGCCCAACAGCCAUCAUGACCACCAGCUGGUACCACCCAGAGCUAGCCCUGACAAUCAGACAAGCUCUGCACACCUUGAGAAAGGUGGCAUCAUCCUGGGCAAGCCUGUCAAUCGCGCACCCUCGUCCUCCAACAUCACCUCCUCUUUCACAUUUUCUCCCCCAUUAAGUGUCGACAGCCUGAAAGCCGCUGUCAGCACACUGUCACCCCAGACCGUUAUCCAGACCACCCACAGCGCUACAGAGGCACUGUCGAUGGGGCUCCCCUCCGCCAGUAUCUACCAUCAGCCACCUAUCAUUGGUUACAUUGCAGGGGGUGGUGGGAGCCAGCAUACGCCAAUUAGCUACCACACCAGCCUACAACAACACUUACUCAUUCCUGGCACCCAACCGGUAAUUAUCCCUGUUAGUGGAGGGGGAGUCACCACAUUGGAACCUGUAACUUCCCACAUAACAUCAUCUGCCCAAGCCACACCGUUUCCUACCACACUCCCACACACAUACAUUGCUGCCACUGCUCCCAAAGGAGAAACUCGAGAAGCCCCCAGCAGCUCAUAUCACCAGGCCGCUUCAGGGGCAGUUGUCCAAGCCCAGCUUCAUCUCCCUAUUGUUUCCGCUCCUCCAGGGCUGGUCGCUCCUUCUGCUCCUCCCUCCUUAUCCAGUACAGUGGCGCCCCCCUCGCUCCCCCCAUAUUUCAUCAAGGGCUCCAUCAUCCAGCUGGCAGAUGGGGAGCUGAAACGCGUGGAGGACCUGAAGACUGAGGACUUCAUUCAGAGCGCUGAGAUCAGCACCGAGCUGAAGAUUGACUCGUCCACAGUGGAGCGCAUUGAAGGGAGCCACACCUCACCCAACUUUGCUGUGGUUCAGUUCUCUGUUGGUGAGCACCGUGCUCAGGUGAGUGUGGAAGUCUUGGCGGAGUACCCCUUCUUCGUCUUCGGCCAAGGCUGGUCUUCAUGCUGCCCAGACCGGACCACCCAGCUUCUGGAGCUGCCUUGCACCAAGCUCUCUGUGGGCGAUGUGUGUAUUUCACUCACCCUCAAGAAUCUGAGGAACGGAUCUCUAAAGAAGACUCUGGAGUUGGCCACCCCUGCCUCCGUCCCAGCGUCCAGCUACGGGCACCUCAAACCCCCCAGAGCUGCUCCAGACGCUCCCCAAAGCUGCAGUGGAGGAGGCUCCAGGCACAGUGAGCGGGAGAAUGGCAUCAGCCAUCGAGGGAGGGGUGGAAGUGGGAAUAGAAGUGGAGGAGGCACCAAUGUGGAAAACGGGGAUCUCGUGUUUGGGGUAAGAGGGUCCGUUUCUAAAGGUCAGGUUGCCAGCAGCGCCGAAGCUGGAGUCACUAAGCCAUCAGGACGAAGGAAGCGGAGAUGGUCCGCCCCUGAAGGACGAAAAGUAGAAAGAUUUGAGGAGGAGCCGCCCUUGACCCUGCCCAAACCUUCCUUCAUCUCUCGUGAGAUGAAAGUCAGCAUCGAGGGAAGGUCAAGUAUUGGCAAGUGAAGGCUAGCAGGAAUGUUCAAUAUCCAUUGGGAUUGGGAAAAAAAACAAAAACAAAGUUACAGGAUUCUACAAAAAAAAACAUUAAUGUUUCAUUUGUCUUGCUUUUAAAGUUUUGUUUUCCGUUUUUAUUUUUCUAUCUUAAAUACUGUAAUGUAGAGGUAAUUUUACCCUACAUGGUAUCACCGUACAUUAAGUCCAUCUAGUCACAAACACAUUUUUUUUUAUAGAUGGAUUUGAUAUCACACAAGCAGUCAGUGCCGUUGUGGUGGUUUUCAUGAGAGGAGUUAUGGUGAGGGAUUUGCUUAUCGAUGGUUGCGUGGCACACAGGAGCAAUGCUUGAUGGCUCUUCGUGGCUGGCUACAAAUUACACAUUACACAUUAUGUAACUUUCAAAUUAAAUUAGCUGACAGUUUGCCUCUUGAUAGGGAUUUCAUUGCCUUUGCACUGCCACUGAGGCAGCCUAGACAAAAAAAACUCUUUUCCAGCACCUCUGUGGUUUUACACUGGGCAACAGGAGUCAUAAAAUGUCAACUGAUCCUGAGCGUGAUGAAUCUGUGGAUAAACCAUGACAUUUUUCCUUUUCUGAACCACAGUGGUAGGUGGAAAAACACCAUUCUCAAUGUCUUGAGUAUAAACACACAUGUGUUAUUAUAAGUGUGAUUGGGGUGUGCCAGACCUGAUCGGUGAUGUCAUCCGGUGUUGCCAGUGUGCCACGCAAAAGAAAGGGAAGAACACUUACUCUGUUCAGUUGGAUUAUGGUGGAUUCUUUACUUUCAUCUUGAUCAUUUUAAUUUUAAUUUUUUUUUUUAUAAACCCCCAUCUUCUAUCUCACCAGAUAGUUGUUGUCAAUGAUUGUCAAAAAACCUUAAUCAGGGGUAAUUUAGUCCUAGAUUGAACCUAGGUGGGUCAAUGUUAAUGUAUACAUGUGAGAUACCCUAUCCUAACACAUAUUCAAGUGCAAACACACUGGGUUGGCGAAUUUAGACUGCAUACAAUCCUCAUUGUGUUUUGAUGAAUUACUUUAUAUUUUUUUAAUGGAGAAAGGCUGUGUGAGAGGAACCGAGAGAAUCUGCAUGUCAGUUCUGAGAGGGUCAGGAUGUUUCAAAGCACGUAACACACCUGUCACACUCACCAUACAGCCGAGAAACGUUUGUUGUCUCUUUAUUUACGCAGUACUGUAUGUUUUUUUUUUUAUUAGUUUUUUUUAUCUAGACAAGGGUAGAAAGUAGCAACAGCACUUUUGGAAAGGUGAAGCUUUUGGAAAAGUGAAGUGGUGGUUGUGGAAAUGUGGCAGCGGACGUGCCAUGGAAUCACAAAGAAAGGGAUGAUUGUGACAGGUAUUAGAGCAAAAACAUCCAGUUAGUAGAUGGUUAGAGAAACAUUUAUGGUGACAAAAGGAUUUAGAAAUGGGAUGGUUUUCAGCAUGUGUGCUUGUGUAGCCAGCAAGCCAUGCUAAAAGUUAAAAGAAAGUGUUGGAAUGUGUUUUGAAAAGUUUGGGAUCCGGCAUAAAGAUUAACAAGAAAAAGGCUUUGAAAUAUCACAAUGACGUUGUGUACUAGACUGAGAGCAUCGAUUAGAAGCUUGCGCCACAGAAUUUUCAAGGGUGUCAUUUAUUUGUAAUUUGUGUGCUAGAGGGUGCAUGAUGCUGGUCUGUGUCUGUCCAUACACACACACACACACAUGCUUACACAAACACAAAACAGUUCAGACCAUCCCUGAAACUCAGUGACCCAUAAUAUGUUCUGUAUUUAGAUGAACGCGGACACUUUGUGGUGCAUGUUGUUCCUACCGCAAAGACACUAGUUGACUUACAUUGGGUUGAAGCACCCUGCUAACAGUACAGUUGUAAAGAGUGCUCAGUGGUGUGUUUGUGUACGUGUGUGAGUUUGUGUAUGAGGGUAUGUAUACUGUGUAUAGCAAAAGGAUUUAUUCACUUGAUAUAUAGACAAGGCUAAAUGUCUGGGGUUUCUACUUGGAGUCGUACUUAAUAGAAUCUUGCAAUUUGCACAUCAGGAGGAGGGAGAAGGUUGUAGACAUGAUUUUGAACCGCCCUGUCCUUAAACAAGCCCUAGACCACGUGACACACUGGAGGAGACCAGGGUUUUUGUUCCUCAACAGGCACUUGUCACAUUGUAGAGGAAAAGUUUUAACAACAAACAGUUAAGGUCAAAUUAAAUUUUGAGUUUUUACAAACAUAACCGUAGCUGUGAGACAGAAUUCUAUCAUGUGCAUGCCUACUGAAUUUACUGACUUUAGUUAAAGAUACGCCAUUUGUAGUGUUGAAACCAAGGUGUAGGGACAAGGGUUCAGUUUUAAACACGGCCCGUGCUUUCAGCCAGCUGAAACUUUAUUUAGCUAAGAUGCAGCAGUUAUCUCAACAGAUGUGCCUGCUUGGAUGACCCAAGAUUUAGAGCUUUGGGAGCAACUGGUCUGUGUUUUUUUUUCUACUCUAACAUAAGUGUAAUUGUAAUUGUUUUUUUAAAUCUAUCACUGACGGUAGAUGCAUGUGGUCUGGGAUCUCAUAUGUUCAGAUCGUAUGGUGCCAUUCAUCAUGCAAAUGUUUCUCUCAUUACAGCAUGUAACAAUGAAGUAUGAUCAUGCACACUAGUUAGAUGCAUAGCAUGCAUAUGCACAGCAUGUGCAGUGUUAAGGAGGGAGAGAAGAUGUGGGUUCCUGCAGGCAUAUCUGUUGAGCUGUCUACUGUGUCUCUUUAUUUAGGUGGUGUUAUACCUCAGAGAUAGUUUUUAGUUGACAUUGUCGCUAAAAAAGUGGGUCAUCAAUAUUUUCUGUUUCAACUGUGUGGGGCAAAACUGUUUUAGGUCUCAGGAGUUUACCAUGGUGAUGGCAGGAAGGAUGUGUGCUCAGAUGGAUGACGAAUGGUUGAUUAAAUGGGCAGAUGGAUGGCGAAUGAAUGAUUAGACCGCAUAUGAGAUUUAAAAAUGCUUUAUUUUUUUAUAAUAAAACAGGGUUUCUCAGAUCACCACCACAGUAGUACAUUUUCCUUUCUUAAUUUUCCUAUUGAAACAUCAUAAUCAUGACUGAUAGAAAUAAUAGUGUGUGCAUGUGUGUGUUUUGCAAUCUGUGUGUGGCUGUAUGUUUGUCAUACACACAUACAUUUUUAUGUUUUGUUCCAACUCCCUUCCCAACAAAU